AUGGAUUUCGCAUACGAUCAUAUUCAGGAGGAGAUCCUAGCUUCCAGACAAGCCGAGAAGAACGAAGACGGAACCCAACAAACCGAGUCACAGAACAUUAAUCUCGGCGCUGAAUUCGAAGAGACUUUUCGAGCCUUCUCCAACAGUCCCUGGGGUGCCAAAAUUGGCGGUCUAUGGAGUAAUGUACGGAAACAAGGCGAGAGUUACUACGAAGGUGCUAGACAGGAAUACGCUGCAGUGAGCGAGGAAGCUACCAAAGGCUUCUCCGAUCUUCGCGAUAGUAUCGUCGAUAGGACCAAAGGGAUUUCGCUAGGCGGCGCUCUAUCAGCAAUUGCUCCAAGUAAUGAAACAACCACGGACGAAUCUAUACCCAAGGCCGCAGAUAAGGAGAACAAGGAAGAAGGUGAGUUGAAGGACCAAGCACAGACCGAAGAAGGCGAAAGUUUCAUUUCACGAUUUCGGGCCGAAGCUGCGAAGAGACUGAAGGAAAUCGAAAGGGCGGAAGACGCAGCUGACGAAGCCCUGGUUCGAUUCGGUACGAACAUUCGUAGCUUCCUGCGAGAUGCUGUCAGUAUCGCUCCACCGGAACAAGGGUCCGACAAGGUACUUUUCGAGAGUAAGGAUUCGGAAGGGAAACGCGUGUUUCAUGCUACUCGCCUCGAAGCUCAAUUACACGCUAUUCACACCAAUUUAGAAGGACUAAAGAAGGAUCCGGAUAGUGAGCAGUGGACUGCCUUCAAGAAAGAUUUCAAUGUGGAGAGCAAGACGGAUGAUAUAACUAAGGACCUUGAACAAUACCCUGAGCUUCGCCGGGCUAUGGAGAAGCUCGUCCCAGAGACGGUUGACUAUAGUGGAUUCUGGUCGCGGUAUUACUUUCUCCGUCUAGCUGUUGAGACAGAGGAGCAAAAGCGCAAGGAACUACUUAAAGGCGCCAACACAGCCGCCGACGAAGAAGAAGUCGGCUGGGACGAAGACUCAGACUCCGAGUCACCAUCAACUCCUCACGUAAAGUCCAAGCCAAGCGCCGCAUCGUCCCAAAACCUUACCGUUGUUGACGACUCCAAUCUAUUGAGCGAACCACGUCGAUCCAAUGACCAGCAUUCACAACCCGAUAGUGAAUCAAGCUACGACGUUGUGAGCGGUGCUACCAGUCAGACUCCUGCCAGUCCUCGCGAAAAGCCCGCUGCAAAUACAUCUGAAGAUAGUGACGAAGAUUGGGAAUAA